AUGGAGGGUGAUAUGAUCGAGCGGUUCCAGGCGGAGUAUGAGGAGGAGAUGCUCAACGAGGAGGUGGUGCCAAGACGGCGACGCCGCCGAGAGUUCAUCAAGCGUGAUCGUCUGGGUGCCCACGAUCGGCUCUUCGAGGACUACUUCGCUGACGACUGCAAUUAUCCUCCGAGCUACUUUCGGCGAAGGUAUCGGAUGAGGCGAUCCCUUUUUUUGCGCAUUGUGGAUAGAUUGGGUGAAUACUCUCCGUAUUUCACCCAAGGAGUUGAUGCUCUCAACCGUGCUGGUUUUUCUCCCAUACAAAAGUGUACUGCGGCUUUGCGUCUGUUAGCUUAUGGAGCCGCUGCAGAUACGAUAGAUGAGUGGCUUAAGUUAGCUAGACAAACUUCAUCAGAUUGUCUAGAUAGAUUCUGUGAAGGCAUCAUUGACUGUUACGGGGAGAUGUUUUGCCGUCGCCCAACUGUGGAGGAUACUCAGCGUCUGUUAGCGAAAGCCGAGGAGCGUGGCUUUCCGGGCAUGUUAGGGAGCAUCGAUUGCAUGCAUUGGCAGUGGAGGAACUGCCUAGUGGCUCAUGCUGGUCAAUUCACAAGGGGAGACAUCAAACACCCUACCAUAAUCUUAGAAGCCGUUGCGUCGUAUGAUCGUUGGAUCUGGCAUGCCUUUUUUGGAGUGGCCGGGUCCAACAACGACAUCAAUGUACUCAACCAGUCGUCGUUGUUCACUGAUGUGCUUAGGGGAGAAGCACCCGUAGUGAACUUCACGGUGAAUGGACACGAGUACCACUAUGGUUACUACCUUGCCGACGACAUCUACCCCUCCUGGUCGGUGUCAGGUGUUACUCUUCCACAAAGUGAAAAGCAUCGAGUGUUCACUGCUGCUCAAUCAGCGCAUCACAAAGAUGUCGAGUGUGUCUUUGGAGUGCUGAAGGUCAGGUUCAACAUUCUAGCAGUUCCGGGACGCUCCUACUCGAGGCGUACUCUUGGAUUGAUCAUGCGUGCAUGUGUCAUUCUGCACAACAUGAUCAUCGACGAUGAGCGUGGUACAAAUUUGGACAACAUCUAUGAGACAUUUGCUUCAAAUGUCGGCCCUGCAAUACACCAUGAUGCACCACCAUGCACCACCAAGCCUAGCAGCCAGGAUUCAGAUGGGCACCGAAAUGAGGUAGUCACCGAUGUAUACACAGCUCCAGCAUGA